UGCAGAUAAGUGCGUCGUUCUAGUAGAGAGAGGAUAAGUGGUCAAAGGAAAGACAGAGGCAUAAUCAUACCCUACUUACCACCAGAGAACGGAAGCUGACGCCGGUACUCACCGGAACAACCGCUACUGUUGCUGGAGAAUCUUUAGCUAGGAGGCGAUUACAUAUAUCUACCAAUUGAACUGAAUGAAUACAAUCUCCAAUUUCCAUCAUUAUGGAUAACUUUUCCCUUGCUUCCUCCACCACAUAUUACUGCUCUACUUUCUCUGGUAAGCCUUACUCCCUUUCUACCACCACUCUCCCUUUCUACUCCAUCACCACGUGCUCCCAUGACUCUGGAAAUCCCACCACCACCUCCACCUCCUCGUCCCUCCGCCGCCCCACUAACAACAAACCACCCUUCAAACCCAUCACCACCAAUCCCCACCCUCCAAAACCCAAAACCCCACAUCACCAAUCCCCUUCAAACACUUAAAAGAAACCCAAUUGGUAAUAAUAAUAACAACUCACAAACCCUAACAGAGAAGCUCUGGUUAACCAGCAAACUCUCUCCCCCACCGCCACCUCCGCCUCCACCUCCACCAGCACCACCACAACCACCGCCAGAUUCUUCUGCGUACAAAACUGAUUUGGAUGAAAUCGAGAAUAACAGUGAUUUGGGACCCACACGAAUUGAGUACAGAGAUAAAGGGAAAAUCUUUGUGGGGAAUCUUCCAUGGUGGAUAACAAAGAACGAGCUUGAAGAACUGUUCAGACAAUUUGGACCAAUAAAGAAAGUGAUAUCAAUAAAGCGUUACAACGAUACUGAAAGAAACAUGGGGUUUGGGUUUGUAAUAUAUGGAGGUACAACAGCUGAAAAUUCAGCAAUGAAGGCAGUUGAGUUUGAUGGUAUGGAGUUUCAUGGGAGGGUGUUAACUGUAAAACUUGAUGAUGGGAGGCGAAUGAAGGAGAAAUAUGCAAAUAGGGCUAGGUGGAUUGAAGGUGAUGACAUUGUAGAUUACAAGUCAAAAUGGGAAGAAGAGAGACAUGUUUCAAGAAAAGACCUCAAAAAUGUGUUAGGAACUCAACCAAAAAAUUGGCAAGCUAUUGUUGAAGCUUUUGAAAGGAUCAAAAAGCCUUCCAGGACAGAGUUUGGGUUGAUGAUUAAGUAUUAUGCAAAGAAAGGUGACAUGCAUCGAGCAAGAGAAAUGUUUGAGAGCAUGAGGGGUAGGGGAAUUGAACCAAACUCACAUGUAUUUACCACCCUAAUUCACGCUUAUGCAGUAGGUAGAGAUAUGGAGGAGGCUCUUUUUUGUGUAAGGAAAAUGAAAGAUGAGGGGAUUGAAUUGACUUUGGUGACUUACAGUGUUCUUAUUGGAGGAUUUGCUAGAGUUGGUGAUGUAAAUGCUGCAGAUAAGUGGUUCAAGGAAACCAAAGACAAGCUUACAACUUUGAAUGCAAUUAUAUAUGGAAACAUAAUUUAUGCACAUUGCCAAGCCUUCAACAUGGAGGGUGUUGAAGCCUUGGUGAGGGAGAUGGAAGAAGAAGGCAUUGAUGCUACAAUGGAUAUUUACCACACAAUGAUGGAUGGUUAUACAAUGAUUAAAAAUGAAGAUAAAUGUCUCAUUGUCUAUAAGCGACUCAAGGAAUGUGGCUUUACACCAAACGAAGUCACAUACGGAUGUCUUAUUAAUCUUUACACCAAGAUGGGAAAAGUUUCAAAAGCAUUGGAGGUGAGUGAAUCAAUGAAAUGGAACGGGAUAAAGCAUAACAUGAAGACAUAUUCAAUGUUGAUUAACGGAUUCAUAAAGCUAAAAGACUGGGCUAAUGCAUUUGCAAUAUUUGAAGAUGUUAUAAAAGAUGGUUUAAAGCCAGAUGUUGUGCUUUAUAACAACAUCAUCACAGCAUUUUGUGGCAUGGGAAACAUGGAUCGUGCAAAUACUACAGUUUUGGAAAUGCAAAAAGUUAGACAUAAACCAACUUCACGCACAUUUAUGCCAAUUAUCCAUGGCUAUGCAAGAGCAGGAGAAGCUAAAAAAGCUAUUCAAGUCUUUGAUAUGAUGAGAAUGAGUGGAUGCAUUCCAACUGUCCACACUUACAAUGCCCUAAUCCUUGGUCUUGUUGAAAAAUGGCAGGUAUAUGAAAUGCUGGUGGCAGGGAUUACACCAAAUGAACACACAUAUACAACAAUCAUGCAUGGUUAUGCAUCAUUAGGUGACACUGGAAAAGCAUUUGAGUUUUUCUCUAUACUUAAAAAUGAAGGUUUAGAUGUUGAUGUGCUCACAUAUGAGGCUUUACUUAAAGCUUGUUGUAAAGCUGGAAGGAUGCAAAGUGCUUUAGCGGUUACUAAAGAAAUGCAUUCCUGA